AUGCAAUCAAAGGUCCACUCCUUCUUGGAGCCCAGCACAAGUUCCUGGCAGUAUGUGAUAGCCUGUCCCGAAACCAAAGAGGCGGCUAUCAUCGACCCAGUCCUGAAUUACGAUCCUGGAAACUUCUUCAUCACCUCCGAAUCUGCAGAUAGACUCAUCGAUUGCGUUGUCAAAAAUGGAUACACAGUCACCAUGUUGCUAGAGACACAUAUCCAUGGAGGCCAUCUCUCGGCAGCAUACUAUCUCCAGCAAACUCUUUGGUCCCUCGGGCAACCUCACGCCAUGAUCUGCAUCGGCGUGAACGCCAAAGUCGUCCAAAGUCACUACGCACACAAGUUUUACAUCCCGAAUGAUGAAAUUUACAACGCCUUUGACCACCUCUUCGAGCCCGAGGAAGUAUUCCAUAUCGGCAAGAUGGACGGCAUUGCGCUCCACCUCCGAGGACAGAGACCGGAUCAUGGAAUCUAUAAAAUCGGGGACUGUGUCUUCAUGGGGGACGGCAUCUUCACGGGAGACAGUCUGUUCAAUCCAGAUGUGAAAAGCAUGCGAUGUGCGUAUGCAGGUGAAGAUGCUCGGGCACUUUUCCGCUCGAGAGAACGCAUACUUUCUUUCCCGCCGGAAACAAAGUUAUACGCACAUGAUCAUACUGUUUCCAAUGAGGACACAACACGCGAGCCAGUGCCGUAUGUUACGGUCGGAGAGCAUCUGAAGAUGAACAAGCAAGUCACGGAUGAGAUGGCAGAUGAACAUUUUGUGAACUGGAGGAAUGAGCGGGACAAGGUGACAUCUUAUCCUGCGCUUGUGCGCCAGGCUCCUCAGGUCAACGUGCGUGGAGGCAAGAUACCAGGAAAGUCGCGCAAUGGAAAGGGAUUUCUGCUAUAUGUCAUUGAGGUCCCCAAGGCUCUGUUGGCUGGAUAG